AAUAAAAAUAUUGUGUUCUCCAGGAUGGGCCUGACAUCCUCAUCUGCGACGAGGCCCAUAUGAUCAAGAACACCAGAGCUGAUACUACCCAUGCGUUGAAACAAGUGAAAUGUCAGAGAAGGAUUGCAUUGACUGGAUCGCCUCUUCAGAACAAUUUGAUGGAAUACUAUUGCAUGGUUGAUUUUGUUAGGGAAGGAUUUCUUGGUAGUAGCCAUGAGUUUAGAAAUCGUUACCAAAAUCCAAUAGAAAAUGGUCAGCAUACCAAUUCUACUGCAGAAGAUGUGAAGAUAAUGAAUCAAAGAUCCCAUGUUCUGUAUGAACAGUUAAAAGGAUUUGUUCAAAGGAUGGACAUGAGCGUUGUCAAAAAGGAUUUGCCUCCAAAAACUGUAUUUGUAAUAGCCGUAAAGCUAUCUCAUUUGCAGAGACAAUUGUAUAAAAGAUUUCUCGACGUGCAUGGAUUCACAAAGGACAAGGUUUCUGGUGAGAAGAUAAUCAAGAGAUCUUUUUUUGCGGGGUACCAGGCCUUAGCUCAGGUAUAUUCCCUGUUUAUGCGUGAUUUCUGGACCUUUGUUUCAUUUUCUUGAUUAUCCAACACAUAC